UAACUCAUAAUUAAAGCAGAACGGGAGGGCCCCCUCCCUCUUGCCCACUCCCUCUGCUUUGUUUUGAGAAACCUCUUACGAGUUUCCUCUCUUUUUCGGCGAUCAUCACCUCUCUUUUUCUCUCUCUGUGAGAGCUUCUCAACAUAUUCCCGACAUCUGUUGAGAGGUUCUCGAUCAACAGUAGAAACCUCUCCACCUUUGAUUCAAUCCUUGAUCCCUCCUUCCAUCUCAAUGAAACUAGGGUUUUUCUAAGCCAAAAAGAGAUGUGGCCUAGGGUUUAUUCGAUCUAACGCGACGUCAGCUGAUUCCCUCCUCCUUUGUUCUCGAUCUCCAUUCGUCUUGCGGAAACUUCCUUUUCGGAUCUUGAAUAGAGAGCUUUCCUGGGUUGUAUUACAUGGCCCAUCACCCCGGCCCGGCGCCGGGGUCAGGAUCGGGCUCUGGCUCCGGGAUCCACUUCUUGAAUUCCCCCUUCGGCGACACAACCCUCACGAAGGUCUUCGUCGGGGGCUUGGCGUGGGAGACGCAGAGCGAGACGCUGCGCCGCUACUUCGAGCAGUUCGGUGAGAUCCUCGAGGCCGUCGUCAUCUCUGACAAGAACACGGGGAGGUCGAAGGGCUACGGUUUCGUGACUUUCCGUGAUCCAGAAUCUGCAAGAAGGGCGUGUGCGGACCCGAGCCCGAUCAUAGAUGGGAGGCGGGCGAACUGUAAUUUGGCUUCGCUAGGGCGGCUUCGGCCGGCUCCACCUUAUGGACAUAUAAGGCCAUCAAGCCCUUACUUUGGAGGUGUUCCAGCUCCGAGGGGGCCUUACAUAGGAAGUUCCAGUUAUCACCAAGCAUUUCCAUACAACUACCAACACGCUCUUUCGUAUCCACCAUAUGGGUACACAACAUAUGGACCUGAGUACAUCUAUCCACAGAAUGCUUAUAAUCCUUACACAGCACACCAAUAUGUUCAAGUAUAUGGUGUUCCUGGAGCACUAAACACAGCUGUUUACCCAUAUGGGCAACUUGGCCAGCCACUUCCUGGUGGACAUGGUUUCACAGCAGUUCAGGGCUACACUGUGCCCGGUCAUCAUCUCAUGCAAAUUAGUGGGCAAAAUGUCAAUGGAGUAACAACUGCAUCUUUAGCUGCAAUUCAAGCACCAUAUCCUGCAGGAAUGGUGGCACCAGUUCCAGCUCAGCCACAAUUCAUUGUUCCUGCACAUUCACCACAGUUCACGCAGGGCAGUGGUUCAGACCAAACAGCAAGUUAAAAGGGGUAUCUGAAUGUAUGACAUCUUGAGAUAUCCUUGGACUGCAGGACCAAGAACAACAGUACUGCUACUUGAGCGGCCUGCUUGUCUUGCCUUGCAAGCUAUCAUCUUUGCAUUCUAGAGGUUGUCCGUAGUCAUGGUCACCAGGGAUACCACAUUCGAUGUUGAGUCGCUCCAAUGGAUGGAGCUGAAAUGCACAAGAGUUGGAAUGCUCUUGCCUUGCUGUUGUUGUGUCUGUAAAUCACCAUGCCCUGCCUGAUUGGUGGAGUCUGGACUGAUGGGUGCCGGAAUUGCAUUCCGACAACCUGUAGAGGGAGAUGCUGCUGUCGGUCGAACCAUACUUCCAAAAAGAUUCUUUUGAACUCCAGAGUGCUGAUCUGAUUAUAGUCUUUGUUUGUGGUUCCUGGAUUAAUUUGUUUAGUUGCAUAUAAUCAUGGUCAUGUAGACAUAGCUUAGUGAUUGUCGGUGGGGUCCGUCAUUGUGUAGCUAGCCUUUAUAAAAUGAUGCGGCAUUGGUUUGGUUUUCCUAAUAAGCAGCUUCAGGGCAUUCAGUAAGUUUUUUUGAUUGGAAGGCAUUCAAUGAGUUGAUUUUUUUUUUAAAAAAAAAUCUGAAAGGAUUUUUCUUUUCCCUUGCCAUUUGGUUAGCGCUAAGGGAAUUUUUCGUGGAAACAUGUUACCAUGGGGUUUGGUCAUAUUUUUGGCAUGAGUUGGAAAUAUUAUAUCAGAAGCUACCAGAUUUGUGUAUUUAAACCUUGGCCUUCGGUCAAUGUCUUGUAUCAGUACUAUCAAAGGAUUCAGGUUAUUAUUUCUAUGAAGUGUCAAAAGAGAUACUGAUGAACAA